CCUGUAUGAGAUGAUCCCAACAUGUUCUUAGAACUAGAAGGUAGCGCUUGAACUACUUUCAUCGCGUAUACCUAGCACUAGCAGCACCAUUUUCAAAGUUUUAUUUGAAGACAUCUUUUAGUGUAUUUAGUUUUAGGGUAGUAGUAGAACUUGUAGUUUCUGUUUGUCCGCUGCUUGUCGAACUACAUUCUUGAUCAAAAGAAAGAUGUCACAAGAUACUCCUUUCCCAGCUGGUAAGGGAGGUAAUCCUGGUGCUCCAACAGCUUUUCCCGGCGCUGCUCCAACAGCUUUUCCCGGCGCAACCACUUUUCCUAGAGGACCAACAGGAACGCCUUUCCCCGGAGCAACAACCUUCCCUGGUGCAACAACUUUCCCUGGAGCACAAGCAACUCCCUCAGCUUCUUCAACUGCAAGAUCAUCAGCUGAUGAAAAUUUGCCUGCUCAUAUUCCCCGGAAGAAAAUCCGAGAUCGCGAUGCGUUUGAGCGAUUCAAGACUGUUUCCAAGACGUUCAAGAACAUCUUAAGUUUCAUUCAGGAAUGCGAUAUGGCUUAUACUGGAGCGACCUCAAGCCAGCUGUCUCCUAGCGAUCACGAAUCCAGAAGAGAAAGGAAACAAGACUUUAGGGCACCACCGAGGAAUUUGGACGAGGACCAAGAUUUGGAUGCUGUUGUUAAGGCAACUACAACAUGAGAUGGCAACUAAAUGAGAUAAAUUUCCCUGCUGGGUGGAUCUAGACUUUGAAGACGCUGUUGCUAAGGCAACUACAACUAGAUAGAUUGAUCAAAAAUUCGUAGAAGCUAAAUAGACUACAACUACAACUAGAUAGAUCAAAAAUAUUGAGUACUUAGCAGUUUUCUUUGCGCCUCUAGUAAAGGUAAAACAUUUUGCUCAACUAGUAGAAGUAGUUGUGCUGAAGACAAAGGCUUACAGACCACUCCUCCUCUAAUACAUGCGGCAUGGGCGGAAGUUCGUCAACGGAUCGAGGUCGAGAAGGUCCAAGAGGAGGUAGAGAAAGCCAGAGUGGUGGCAGCGCAGGCGCACGGGAGAGUGUCGCGGGAGCAAAAGGAGGUACUGAGAAAUUGAAAUACCACAAGAUAAAAGCAAUACAGAUGUUGACGAUGUUGGCUCAGAGUAGUCGUGUGUCGUGAGAUAAAAUGAUCUUCAGGGUUCUUCAUACAGUGUAUCUUCAAAGUUUUGCUCUUUGUUUGUGGCUAAUAGUACUAGCUUAUAAGUAAUAUCUUGCGUGAGGUAACGAUAACGUCGUGACAAAAUACUAUGACGCCCUGAGGCAGUCUGCACUGAACUUGGUGCGAUACGCAGGUAGGUUUUGACUUAUCGGAACUCGCUCGCACUACAAAAAAAAAAAGAUACUAAUUGUAUUGGAUUGCGUUGCAUUUAACUGCACUAUUGUAUACUAUUUUAUUGUAUGCUAUUGCGUUGUACUGACAUGUUUGACCAUUUCCAGGCGAUAACGUUGGUCGACGACUCUCCGACGAAGGCGAUGGCUGUGGUGGGCGAAGGGAGAUAGAUGAGAGUUUGGAGUCUAGGACAGAGAAAGUUUGCGCUCUGUUGCGGACUUGGUCAAAUUGGAUCGAUGAGAUUCCGCUUGAGGCUCGGUACUAGUUGUAAUGAGAAACUGACUCUCGGUAGUUGGUGCCAAUGGAUGAAAGGGGGAGUAUGCAUAGUGUCUUCUACAUCUCUUGGCGCUGGUGCACGAACGUGAUACGUGCGAAACGUGUGGCAUGGAUAGAAUUCGACCGGGCGCCGACUUUGCUCCUGCGCUGCAUGGUCGUGGGGAUUUUCCUGGUCUUGGGGGAAGCGCUGCGGACUGGAGAGCAGGCGCGCCAAAUGAUACCAGCAGCGCGGGCGUUUUCAGCACGCACCCAAAAAGGCCAGGGCGCUCGGCGUGGGGCAAGUUUUGGAAGGCCCAGCGCAAUCGGGGCGGACAGCUUCCAGCUCCAAGCCCAAGCGGAAGCGCGCCCAGGUCAAGCAUUCAAGCGCCAUCGGGACAGCCCUCCGGGUCGAGUAUUCUAGCGCCCUCGUAGUUAAGGGAGCACGCCGCCGCCUCGAUUGGCUCACGCUUUUGGCGAUUCAGGGGCUCGGCCAUGUGCGUCCGGCCGUCGACAUGGGUGGAGGCGGCCGCCGGCUCCAGUGAAUCGGCGACCCAUCGACUCGCCGAGCGGGGAGAGGGCUGCCGCCUGUGUGCUUGUGCGAGUUGUAGAGACAGCGCAAGAACGUGCGCAACCCAGAAAGCCACCAAAUAAAGAAAAUGCCGGAGCGGACGGCGCAAGCAUGUGGCAGGCCAACCAGCUUGGCUGAGUUCCCCAUCUGCGGCGCGGCAGAUUCGGGCGAACGCGUUCCCUGGAGACGAUGGGGCUGGAUCACCUACCCGAGCGCGUGCCAUCGGCUGAAAAUGGGGGAGCGGGUAGAGCGCGCGCUUACGGCUCGCGCCCCAUCACUGGUGAAGCCCGGAGGGUAUCACAAUAGGCACGGGCAUCCCCUGGAAAUGGAACGCCGGCACUAGGGCGAGCCCGCGUCUUGGUGUCGCAGAUUCAUUCUGAGAGGGUGCGAGAGUUCUCGAGACAUUUCGCUUCUCGGAGGUGAAUUGUCCGCCAGAGUUUGCCGAUGCUAUCGGGUGUGAGUAUGUGGGGCUCUGCAGUUUGCGCGCGCGCAGUUGCGCGCGCUUCUAGAUGGGCUGAGGCGCUGGCUUGGGUGGUGAGUCGUUGCGGAAAAUGACACUGGUGCACCUUGCCGGGCACUCCACGAGUUCGGAAAUUCCUCUCCCGGGCUUUAGCCUCCCUGGUCGCACUGCUGGCGGGCUUUUUGCUGGUUUUAUAAUGGAAAAGGGCGCAGGCUGGUGAGGCGGUCACGGCCUCACUGCCAUGGCGGGGAGUGGGUUCACUUCGAUGGUGGCCGCGCUCCGUUGGUGAAAGUCUCAAAGUAAGGCCCGCCUUCCCUCGAAUUCUACCGGCGGGCGGCGUGCCUCGCUUGCAGUACGUGGGCGGAAGGGCUGGCGGGCCUUUUCUGCGGUAAUCAGGCGCAGCGGGGCAGCUGCAGCAUUUUCCCGGAUGAGUUCGCUCGCGCUUAUAGUUUGCCGGGGCCGCGGGAUUUCGGUGGGCGUGGGCGUUGCACUUGCGGAUGUGCGCCGCAUCCCCCUGGAAAAGUUCAAAAGCUGAGGCGCAAAAGCUUGCAGAAGAAGGACCGACGAGAGGGGCGGGCGUCUGGGUGUAGACUUGGAGCACCUUGAACAGGGAAGGGCUCCCCUGCCCGGGGUGGUGUUUCUCUAAUAAUCGUGUCCAUUUCAAAGCAAGGGGCUGCAGGAGCAUCGUCGCAAGCUUGUUAAGUUACAUACUCCCUCGGCUGCUUGUCUGUGUGCAAGCAUCCACGUGCUUGGGGCCACUGGUCUGGGCUGACGGGGGUGGUGUAGUUUUGCCUUCGCCAGCAGGCACAGGGUUGCCUCGGUGCUGGCUGGGUGGGAACUAAUCCACUCCACUAGGCUCGGGCCAAAGGGUGUGAGGAGUGUUCGACAGCAAGCUCGGCGAGCGCGUGCGCUGAUGGCUUGGCGCUUGUGUUGUUCUUUUCCCGUUGGAAGAAGCGGAGGCUGCAGGGGCUCGCGUUAUAGUUUAGUAGGAGUGGGCGUCGUGACUGACAGCUGCGGACACUGGUCGAUGGCCCUCUUUCGCGUUUUUUUUUCUGCGUGGGCGUAGCCCACGAUGGCGUUCCCCGAAAGUAGGAGCUCGAGCACCUCCUUGCGCGCCGCCUCUUCGCGCCUACUUUCUUCUUUCGUCGUCUACCAGUAUUUGCCUUCGCUUCUAUUGUGGCUAUACCUCUGCGGGCUGCCGCUCUCUCAAACAGCCUCAUGCACCAUAAGACAAAUCAUGACAGCCACAUCAAUAAAUGAAUAUAUUAUUUAUAAAAACUCUCCGCCGACCAGGACCGACAUGCGUUUUGGCAAUCGUACUUUCCGAACUUGGCAUGCCAAAUUGAAGGAAGAAGGCCCUCGCCUAGUCCGGGAACGCAUAUUGCCCACUGAUAGAUUCGGCAGCACAGCUUGGGAGGAAGUCUCUACCUACCUAUUAAAUUCCUUUGGCGAUGAGACCAGGAUAGACUACGGCACAGGACACGAACUCAACUUCAUUUGUGCCUUGUAUGUAUUGGAGAAGGGCUGUGGGUAUGUGACGGCGGCGGAGCGGAGCGCAUUCGUGCUCAGCUGCUUUACGACGUACUUUUUUGUUGAACAGAUUUGAUGGAUGUCGUGUUGACUCUGUCAUGCUGCUUGAAUAGAAACUCCGUUUCUUCUUCGCAUCGUCAUUCUUUCACACGCAAGUGUCUGCAGCACAGCAUCCUGCGGCUUCAUCUAUAAUGAUCCAGUCUAGGUCCUCCUCUACAACAAGAAGAUGAACGUUCAACAUCACUUUAUUCCCCUCCCCGCCUCAACCUCUAGGUACAUGUCCCUGAUGCGCAAGCUGCAGUCCGUCUAUGUUUUAGAGCCUGCCGGAUCGCACGGAGUCUGGGGUUUGGACGAUUUCCAUCAUGUUGUGUACAUUUUUGGCGCGAGCCAGCUUCUAGAGCGAAAACAGCAUGCCGCAGAACAGGAGAUAUUAGGUUCCUCCUCUCGAGCUCAACAAUCUCAGCUCCUCUCGCCAGACAUGGUUCUAGACGCUGCGCAAUCAUCUCAGCAUCAUCAGAACCUUUUCGUUGCCGCAGUGCGCAACAUCUUGGACACGAAAAAAGGAGCCCCGUUUUUCGAAACCAGUCCUCAAUUGCACGAUAUCUUGACGUCCAUACCCACAUGGGACAGGGUCUAUCAAGGCAUGAUCCGAAUGUACGUUGGCGAGGUUUUGGAGAAGUUUCCAGUGACACAGCACUUUUUGUUCGGACCGAGCUUGCCUUAUGAAUGAUCAUGAUGGAGCUGGAGGUUGUAGGUUGUUGGUGUGCGACCAUAGAAGAUCACUUGUCGAAGCAAGUACUAGGUAGAAGGGAAUGCUGGCUAGUCCCGCUCCAUUUUUUAUCAUAAUUAUCUUCUCCGCCAAGAGCAACUACCCCAUCGCGAACACUUAGAGAAUCAGAAAGCAAGUCAGAUGAACACGACGCCAAUACACAAUUUUUUGAAGUACUCCUGGAGUCCGC